UCCCACUGGAUGAUUAGCUCAAAGAACAAGAAGAAGACUACAAUGUGUGAACUGGAAAAAGAAGUAACGGUUUAUAUUAACAAAUUACUAUGCCUGCAACAACAAGACUGCAAAAAUAAUCAUGCUGAACUUGUGGAAAACUUAAGAUACUUAAGGAAUGUAUGUGCUCGAGGUCCUCUUGUGCAAAGUUUAAUUGCAACAAAUCAAUAUUUGCAAGAAUUUCUACAUAAUUUACUCUUCAACACGGACUACUACGGCGAUGAGGAGUUACACAAACAAGUUAGAACCAUCACCUGGCAAUUGAUGGCGAAUGUUAUUGUCAACAAUGAGGAAACACAAAGUCUCAUUUGGCACUAUCAUGGGGCAGCAAUUUUACAAAUGUGUUGCAAUCAACAAAAGCUUUUGGAUCGCAAUGUGGACAUAGGCCUUAUGAUUGUUUACAAUGUCAUGAAGUGCAGGGGAGAGGCUUUGCUUCCUUAUCCGCAUGUUUUAAAAGCCGUAGUUAAUGUUUGGCGAAAAAUCCUGGAACAAAAAUCCCCAUUGCAGUUUGAGUUUUUACACUUUAUUUUUGAAGAAUUUCUGGUGAAAGAUGGCCGCAGUUGUGUGAGAUCAUAUGCGCAGUUGGAAACCGAAGAAAAGCUGGCAUUUCUUGAUUAUCUUUUGAAUUAUUUGUCCCAUGAUAGCCCCAAUGGCCAAGCCCAUACAUUCCUCUUGCAGCAUAUAUCAAAAGAAUUUAAACUAAAGUCAGAUUGCAUUUUACGUUUGUCGUCUUUGAAGGAGGUUGAUCGCAUGAAACCCCGAGAAGCUUAUGCUUUGUUGCAAUGCAUUGCCUUGGCUUCUGGGUCGGAAAUGUAUUCACAAAUCUAUGCCACAGAUCAUUCUUUGUUUUUGAAUGUAUCAAGUUUGCUGAGAUGUUUGGUCCAGGUGGGGAAGGAAAUGGAAAAGAAUAUUUUUUCACCCAUGACCAAAUUGGAAGAAGUGGCACCAUCGUCUGGUAUAUCAGCAGAUUUUCAAGCGGAGAUUUCUUAUGAACUGAAAACCCUGUUGGUUAGAUGUGUGGCAAAUUUGCUAUAUAAAAAUCCCACAAAUAAAGGUUAUUGUUUGGAUACUCAGCUAAUGCCGGCAUUGUUCGAGUGUACCAAUAUGGAUGCAAGGAAUCCAUUAAUGAAAGAAUGGAGUAUUUUGGCCAUACGCAAUGCAUGUGAGGGAUGUCCAGAAAUUCAACAGGUUAUUGCAAAUCUUACCUCGCAGGGUCCAGCGCAGAAUGAUAUAUUGAAUGAACUGAAUUUGGACAUGGGCUCAUUGAGAAUAAGCCCAGGAAAAUAAAUUUACACAAAUUACACUUAAA